AGAAAAAUUCAACACAAGUUCCUCUAUAAAUUUACCCCUCAUUAGACACAAAGUACAUAUUCACUGCUUCACAUUCUCCCAAAACACAUACACACACAAAAAUAUCUUUAGUUUAGAGAAGAUGGCUUUCUCCUAUUUUAGAGCUUAUGUACUUGUUCUUUUGGUUUUGCUACCAAUGUUAGCUGCAGAAGAGGAUAGUAUUCCCCCUGUUCUUGCUCCCUACUUUGAGAAAAUAUGCAAAGAUGUGGAGUGUGGGAAAGGGAGUUGCGAGGCAGCAGCAGGGAAGCCUUUCAAUUUUGUAUGCAAAUGUGAAAAAGGUUGGAAGAGAACUCGACAUGAUGAUGACGACGACGAAGAUGAUCUUCAAUUCCUUCCUUGCAUUGUUCCCAAGUGUUCUCUUGACUAUUCUUGCUUGCCAGCACCUCCACCAGCUCCACCAAUUCCACACAACAUGUCUUUCUUUGAUCCUUGCUAUUGGAUUUACUGUGGGGAGGGAACAUGCAAAAAGAAUAUAACACAUGGACAAACAUGCCAGUGCAAUUCUGGUUUUUCCAAUCUCCUUAAUAUACCUGCUUUCCCUUGCUUCAAUGAUUGUGCCAUUGGAGCUGAUUGCGAAAAGCUGGGAAUUCGGCUUUCAAAUUCCACUGCAUCAUCUCCAUCUUCUUCAAACAUUGAUGACAAUAAUGGAGCUACAUCAUUUAUGCCCAGGAGUUCCCACUGGAUAGCUAUCUUUCUGGCUUCAGCAGCUAUGGCUUUACUCAACUAGGAAGAGGGGCUGGCUUUUUAUUUCGUCAUGAGAGAUAUUACCACAUUUUAUCAGGCUUACUGCUUGAUGCUUCGUCUAUAUUAGCGCAUUGUACUUCAUUCAUUUGUCAGAUUCACAUGUACUAGGAUUAAUAAAACAUGUGUGAUGUGUGUCAUUUCUGUACAGAGUAUAUUUUGAAUAUUAUUUCAGUUAUGGGAUUUUACUGUCGAUGAUGA